GAGCAUUCGAUUUUGGCAUGUAUUAAAAGGUGUACGAGCAUAGAGAGCCAUUCGCUUAAUAAAGGAAGACCCAUCUUCUCUAAAAUAAAUCAUCAGGGUCCCUUGGACAAAAGAUUUCAUGUUCAUAUGUUUUCGUUGUUACCAUAUAUAUAUCAUACAUAGAUAGAGGGUUUUUCUUCUGAUCUGGUUUUAUGAGAUCAAGGGUUUGAUCGUGCUUUCGCCAUAUAGUAUAUAUUUGUGUACACUAAUUCACAGGCUACUGAUCCGUUUGUUUUAAAGAAGAUCAUCGCCUGUUUGCUAGUUUUUUCCUUCUUUUUUUUUCACUGUUCGAUCCAAACGCAGUCUUAUCUUCAAUGGAACAAUCAAUUGCACCCAACAAGCAAAUCAGAAUGAAAACCCCGAAGAAAAACGUACAAGGUAAUUUCAUUUCUAAUAACCCGUCUGAGAAUUUUGACACGUAUGCAGGUCUCUUGAAUCCUCCCUCACGCGCCGCGUCUUUCUCUCACCCCUACCCUCUCUCAGCUUCAGUCUUCAACCAGCAACCACCUCUGCUUCCUCUGCCCCACGUUUCCCCAAUUCAACAUCACCAGCAUCAACCUCUGUUACGUCAAGGUCUCUCUCUCCCACCACCGAGUCGAAAAAACAGAACCAAAGACAUGUCUCUGACGCCAAAGAAAUCGAAACCCACGAAGCGAGAGGAAGUGAAGAAAAGAUCAGGAACACAAUCUAUUCUGAUCGUGGCUUCUGAUAAUCGUUGGGGACCCGACCCGAAAGACCUACCCAGGCAUCUUUUAACGUCGAAGGUGGUGCCGGGGAAGGGGAAUAACGUGGAGGAGAUGGUUUCAGGGUGGGUUUUCAAUCUGUCUCCGCCACCUAGCAGCUUGCCGUUGCCAAAGUUUUCUAUUAGGUCGAAACUCAGUUGCAACGCUGAAGCUGCUAGAGGUGUGGAUGCCGGAGCAACCAACAAUCUCCGGCGACUUCUACGCCUCUGAUGAUGACUGAAGUUGUUAAAUAAAUCUCUCUCCACGUUGCGUGAUCGUGUAUAGCUUAAUUAGCUAGCAUGAAAUAUGAUGCUUCGUUGGGCCACGUUACUUAAUACUUAUUAUUAUUAGUUUAUUAUGUUUAGUGUGUAAAUAAAAGGAUCGGCGAGGGUAAAUUGCUGAUUGGGGGUGGUUGAUGUUGAUGAAUAUCUUUCUUUGACUCCCCUUUUUCUUUUUUGAAAAAAGGGAGUGCCUUGUUUCGUUUGCUGAUUUCGCGUGCCACCUGUGUUUUUUGAAUUGGGGUGCACGCAAAAUUAUGUGUUUUAUCAGUUGGGUAUAUCAGUUCCUUAAUCUGUGUGUGUAUUUUCUCCUUGUGUUAUUUAUAAUUAUGAUCUCAAAUUUGUACUGAAAAGAUUUUCAUCUUUCCUUUGAAACAAACAGCAAAAAAUAAAUAGGAUUAA